UAAAAUUUCCGUCAGUAUCAACCCCGAGUAUCUUCAAAAACCUUAGAGAUGCAGAAUUUGAGAAGGAUCGGAAGAAAUUGUUCUCUGAAAUUGAGAAGCCUAAGGAAAAUAAUGGGAGAAUCUGUUUGGGAUCGAAGUGAACUCGAGAAACAAUUUGAGAAGGUUGUGUUGUGUGUGAAUAAACGUUUCAUUCAACGAUGAUGAAUACCAUGGAUCUCAAUGAGACGUUUUUCGAAAAACUAGGAGGACUCAAAGAAAAAUUGGAAGUCAUGAGUAAAUAUGGUAGGGAUUUGAGGCAAGAGCGUCAUCACCUUCAAGAAAAGGUAAAGAUUCAUGUCAAGGAGAUUGAGGAGCUGCAGACGAAACUCUUUGAAGCCAACGCCGAGAUAAUGGUCCUCAAGAAUAAUCCCAAUGCCAACAUGAAUCUCAAGAGGAAUUCCAUUUUUGCGGAGGUGGAUGAUCACCGGAAGAAAACGAAGGAGCACAUGGAUGUUAAGACGAUCUUUCUGCAGGAAACAAAAGGCCUAAAAAAGGACAUUUCCGACAUUGCCCAAAAAUUUAAAAAGAUGCAGAGAAUGUUUGUUAAUGGUAAUAAUUCAUUAAAGGAAGAACUUCUCUGGCAAAUUGGGCAACAAAAGCAAAAGAAUAUAAAUCUACGGGAACGAAUUUUAUGGUUGGAGGCGAAGUUAAGUCAAGCAGCAGAGGACCACGGAGCAGCCUGGACUGCUGAAUUGAAUGAGUAUUGGGAUACUCAAAUGACCAAAUUGGAAAUAAAUAACAAGACGGUACUUCAAGAGAAAAUGCAGUUAGCCGAGGAGGUUCACGUAAUGCAACAAGAUAUAUUCAAAUGGAAAUAUAAGUGCCUCAAAUAUCGAUGUGACCUUCUUGAGAAAGAUCUCCUACUUAAGGAAUAUGAAAUAAAAUAUCCAGACAUCAGUGACAUCCCCAUUAGUCCCAGUAUGCAGGUGGAUAUAAACAAUUUGGACGACACCUUAGAACAUCAAUGGGUCCCACCAGCAAUAUUGGCAAAGAAAUUUCCAUCAUUCACCAUCUACGUUGACGAAUCUCUGUCAGAAAUCCCCGCCGAGGAUAAAGAGAACAUUCCCUCGAGUACAGCAAACAUAUUCAACAACAAGCAUGGCGACAGCCCAAAGGAACGAAAACAUGUUCUCACCGGCAGGCUGUGCCCCAAACUCUCGACCCACGGAUUGUGCUCCUAAAAAUCAAAGGACCUGCGGAGACAUCCAAAAUCAAGAUCAAGGCAGUGAUGAUGGUGGUGAAGGAGAAGCUGAUUGUGAAGGCAAAGGCUGCGUCUGCUUUGAUGACUACGUCUGGAAUGAGGACAGAUCUCGAUGUGUGGAGCCUUCAGAAUGCGACCAGGGAACCCCCAACAACCAAGAAGACCAAAAAUGAGGUUCAAGUGAUUCAUUCACAAAGUAAAUCAAAUACAUUACAUACAAUAUGUAUGUACAAAAUAAGGUAUUUUUGUGCAAAAUAAAUAUUGGUCUACUAAAGCAGUGUUGUUACCUUGCUCUUAAUUUCUUUCCGUAUCAAGAUAGGUCGUUGAUAAUAAUUUAGAAUAUAAUUUUGAAACACGGUCGAUUUUUUUAUUCAAGUUUUUUUUAUUGAACUUACGAAGUUUUAAGCUGUGAAAAAAGUAAAGCAUUUAGCCAAAAUCAUAAGAUACUUAGAAUCCCAUAUCGUAAUUUUUUUAUGAAUAUGUAGGUAUUCUACUGGUCUUUUGAAGUAUGUAAAUUAAAUUUAUCAAAAACGAUAAUCAUCAUUAUUUUGGGAAAGAUUUGCAGCGUAUAAUAAUUCAGGCUAUAUGCUCCAAACAGAAUCUUCUAUACUUCUUCCAUUUUAGCUUUAAUUAAUUCAUAUUAAUUCUCUGCGAUUUAUUGAGGGUCAAAGUUUACAGUUGUUUAGUGAUGCAUUAUCUCGCAAUUUCCAAUAUGUGUUUAUAAUGACCACAAAAUUAUGCUACAGCAUUAUCAACAUAAAACAAAUGCUUCACUUUACUCUGAAAGCUAAUGAUUGAGAAGAAGAAAAUUGAUCGUCCAACCUUCUCCGGUCUGGCCCUCUUCAUAUGUAUAUUUCUGAUGCUAAUGAAGUCAUGAAUGUUUUCAAAAGAAGUACCCUGACUCUUCCAUAUAAGUUAUCGAAUUCAUCAAACCAUUUUUCAAAAACACUAAUUUAUAAAUAAAAAAAAACUACAAAAUUUUAAUUUAAUAAUUUUUUUUUUAUUGUUUGGAAAUUCUUCUCAGUUAUAUAUUGACUUUUCACAACAAACUUUUAAAAGAAAUCAAAGUUUAGUUCGCGUGGAAAAUUAAGUCUGAUAACAAAUUGCAUCAGAUCAUUGCUCCUAGAAGAAAAGUGGGUGAAAAAAUCAUACUUUUUUUUAAAUUUCUCUGUAAAAUAAAUUAAAGAGCAAACCUUUUUAUAAAUCAAUUAAUUUAUUAUGCAAAGGACCUUAAAAAUAAAUCUUUUUGGACAUUUUAAAACGGUUAUUGGAAUUGUAAAAAAUGAUGUAAUUCAUGGGAGUAAGGCGUGAAACACAUCUCAUUGAUGACAUAGCUGUCUCAUCAGCAGAUUUGAUUGAGAAAAGUGAUUUAGAUUAAUUUUAUGCCGACGUAUGAAUACCGGGGGCUUAUAAAUAGUGAAGCAGAGCAAAAGAGCAUCAUAUUUGAGAAAACGUUUUAAAGAAAAGCUCCAAUUUGACGCAAAUAACCAUGUACGCUGUUGUGAUCUUUUUGGCUGCUUUCGGCACCCUCGCCAGUGCUGAAUUCUACAGCAACUUCCCCAGUGCUGGAGGUUCCUAUUCUGGAUAUUCUACCCAAGGCUCACAAGGCUCAUCACAAGUGUCAUGCAACAAGGAGUACGAGUACUACGAUAACUGUGCCAGUCCCUGCGAAGAAACUUGCGGUAACUACCAAAACUUCUUCGAACUGAAGAACACUCCUGAGUGCAGCCUCCGUAACUGUGCUCCCAAGUGCAAGUGCGUCAGUGGAUACGUGCGUCACAACAAUGGUCGUUGUGUGCCCAAGACUGAGUGCAAGAAUCAGGAAUUCCACCACGCUACUCGUGGCAACCGUCAGCCCUAUUUCUACCCUCAGCCAUACUCUCAGCAAUACCCUCAGCAACAGUUCGAGAACCAGCAAUACGAUCAGCAAUACUUCGGCCAGCAGUACGGUAACCAAUACGAUGCUGGAAGUUAUUUCAAUGAGUACAACAAGUACUAAAUAAUAUCAAAUCGUCACAAAAAAAAAACUUUCAAAAUUAAAUCUCUAACAUCCAUUUGUUCUUCCUUUGGUUAGUAGAGAAAAAAGUUUUAAAAGUUUAUUUCAAAGUGUCAAUAAAAUGAUUUAAAACAGAAA